GAAGCCAAAAUCCUAACUGAACGCUCCACAAAUUUGUUUACCCAUUUACCCGGAUUCUUUCGGGUCGACCCACGAUGCUCUUAGCCGGCGCCGCGCUGCUUCCGCCGCUCGUGGGACCCAAAUCCGCCGUUCAAUUUAGCCCACAUUAUUCUACUAGGCAAAGCUUCAUAACCUCCGCCACCAAUUUUCCCGCCUUUCUUCCUAAAGAAAUCAACAGUAUUACGGACCCUUUUGCCAGAAAACUGGCUUCCAGGAUUGAGCGAGUCCCCGUCGGUCUAAGUUUGUCGACGGCUCGUGUAAUGAGUAGCUGCAUAAAGCCGAAAGCACAGCUUGAUACAACUCCCCUAGUACUUCUUCACGGAUUUGAUAGCUCAUGUUUUGAAUGGAGAUACGGUCUUCCUUUACUCGAGGAUGCUGGAUUUGAGACGUGGGCUGUUGAUGUUCUUGGAUGGGGCUUCUCUGAUUUGGAGAAGCUUCCCUCGUGCAGCGUGGCUUCCAAACGUGAUCACCUUUAUCAGUUUUGGAGAUCCUAUGUUAAGAAGCCGAUGAUUUUGGUCGGACCAAGUCUUGGAGCUGCUGUUGCCAUUGACUUUGCAGUCAACCACCCGGAAGCUGUCGACAAGCUGAUUUUAAUUGAUGCAAGUGUCUAUGCUGAAGGCACCGGGAACCUUGCUACGUUACCUAAAGUGAUGGCAUAUGCCGGAGUAUAUUUGCUAAAGUCCUUACCAUUGCGCCUCUAUGCGACUUCAUUGACCUUCAAUACCUUAACAUGGGGUACCUGCUAUGACUGGGCAAAGAUUGGUCGUCUACACUGUCUCUUGCCUUGGUGGGCUGAUGCAACUGUUGAUUUUAUGACAAGCGGAGGCUACAACGUCAGUGCUCAAAUUGGGGAGGUGAAGCAGAAAACACUAAUUAUAUGGGGAGAAAAUGAUCAGAUUAUAGACUAUAAGCUUGCAGUGAGACUGCACAGCGAAAUACCAAAUGCAAUGAUACGCCAAAUACCAGAGUGCGGCCACAUCCCUCACAUAGAGAAGCCUGCUGCUGUUUCCAAGUUAAUAGCAGAGUUCGUUCGAGCUGAGAGCAAGGUAUGUAUGGUUGCUUGAGGAAUUAAAGACUUAUAGUUUCACCUCUUUAUGGACUUGAUUUCAUGCUAGUGAGUAGUGACCUGUGUUUCUUACAAGCAAUGAUCCUAUCGUCUGGCCGUGAACGAAUCCUUUCCACAUAUUGUGUUUACGAUGAUUUGAUUAUUUAUCCGAGAGUAUAGAGCUUUACUAUGUCGUUUGCAAGCUACUGAACAAGCUCAAGUGAUUUUAUUUUUAUGAA